CUCAGUUUAUAAUCAUGCUGCCAUCACUGCUGGAAACACGAUGGUGAAAUGUUAUGGAACCCUGGGAAGCUCUUGACAUCGAUGAUUCUGACCUCUCCUCUUUCCUCCGCCCUUGCAAACGCCAUCACCUCGAUUCCUCAUCCAAAGCUUCCCAUACCAUCGCCGCCAAUGCUUCGCAGCAGCGGCUAAUUUUUCAGCGCAAUCCUCAUUCCCCCCCUGAAACCCUACCCGCUUCCCAUUGCCAUUCCCUUUUACCGCAGGCGAAGGCACCUGCUCUUCCAAAUCGCCUCAUUCCCGGUCCGGCCGGUGUCGUUCAGGCCGCGAUGCAGCGCAGAGCUCUAGGUCACCAGAGUUUAUUGGAAGAUGCCGCGGACUCCAUUCCCACGCAAGAAUUCAUAAGGCGGGUUGUUCAAUAUGGCGAUGAUAACGAUCACGAUUUUAACACUAAUGCCUGGCACUGUGCUCUGGGCUGGCUUCGUCGAGAAGGCAAGGUCGAUCGUAAUAGUGUGGUAUUUGGUACGCCUUUGAGCUCAAUUAAGAAGCAAAUCAACAUUGAACGAGUAGGUCAGGUAAUCGCCGUUAUUAAAUCCUGCACACCGAAUGGUCUAGGAGAUUUCAUGGUGACCUUAAAGGAUCCCUCUGGUACAAUUGGUGCCAGUGUACAUCGUAAAGUCUUCACUGAAGGAGAAUUUGGAAAUAAUGUAAAAGCUGGUUCGGUUUUGGUUCUCCAAAAGGUUGCUGUAUUUUGCCCCACUCCCUCUGUUUGUUACCUGAAUAUAACAUUGCGCAACAUAGUCAAGAUUUUUUCAGAGAGCAGCGAACCUGAAUCUGAAAUUUAUCCAUCUUUAAGACGUGUGGCUCCUUCUAUAGGAGGCAACGAAAGAUUAUCGAUGGCGGACUAUACUUUGUCUCUGCCACAGGAAAGAACAGAGGAAAUUAGCACUAACCGCUCCCUACAUUUGGGAUUUAAAGAUAUGGAAGUUAGUGAUAAGCAAAAGGGAGAUGAUAAAACUCCAGAAAGCGUCGGGGCGAAACAAGAUUCAGGAAGGAACCAUUCUGAGCACGUCAAUAUCGCUGAACGUGUGAAAGCACUCAGUAGCUGUGAGCUUGAGAUUGAGACGGAAGACAACUCAAACCCUUGUCAACUGGGCGGAGACAGUUCAGCAUGUAUUGCUCAAAACAAUGGUUCAUCGGCAUACUUGGUUGAUACAUCUGAAUCUCAUGGUCCGGAAACGGGGUCAACAAGACAGAUGGACACAAAUCGGGAGAUCCUAAUCCCACAGUGGACAGAGGAACAGCUUGAUGAGCUUUUAGCAUUUGACUGACGUACUACCGUUUGUCAAAUUACACAGUUAUAACGUAUCCUUGAUAGAUCAAUCCCAGUAUUGUAAGAAAAAUGGAGAAAGAAAUAAUGCAAUGCUUUGCAGUUCACCCAGGAGCAUCGAUGCUUU